UGUGUUACCUUGUGGCGAAGGUGGCAGUGCCCGGGCAGUGACGGUGUGACCCACCUGUGUCGGGUCUUGCGGUGCCAAGGUGGGCACUGUGCCACCUGUCACCUGGUCUCCGGGGGUUUGCGACGGCGACAUGGCGGUGGGUUGCGGGCGGCGGGCGUGAGCCGCAGCCCGCUGGUCGCCGUGUCGGCCGCGGGCGUGCGGAGGGAUGGUGGCGGCAGGGGUGGCGCGGGCGUGGAGCACCGCGCCCUUCUAGUACCACCGUCGCCCGCUGCUGGUGGGCGUAGGGGCGGCAGCCGCACUUUUCGGGCCCCACAUUUUCAAGUGUCGCGACCCCCAGGGGCGCCGCCCCGUGUCCGUACCCUGGGGGUGGCGCCCCGUGUCCGUACCCCGGGGGUGCCCCUCUUGCCACGGCCCUCAAGACCACCAACUCCACGAUACCACUACCAUAACUACCAGACGGGACGCUCAUCCAGAGUGACCACCACCACCAGCAGCGGCAGCAUCAGCGGCCCCCACACAAACCAGUGUAGUUUGGGUGGGGGCGGCAGGGAGGAGGAGGGGUGUAGCGGAGGGGAGGGGGAGGCCGGGUGGUGGUGGUGCCCUGGGGCCAUGAGUGCCGCCGCAGGGGCGUCAGACCCCCUCCCAGGGUGCCUGGACGCUGACGCUGCCUACGUCUGCACCGCCCUCGCCCCCUCCUGCUUCCUCAUACAGAAGGUGCGAGAGGUAUCUGCCGGUGGAGGUACUGUCCUCAAUCCGGAGGCUUCGGUGUUCCAUCUUCCUGCUACUUUACAUGCCUCAAACAUGCCGCCCUCGCCUACCCUCACACCCACCACCACCACCCAUCCACCCACUAUCAAUGGGUUCCACUCACAUGUUUACCCCUUCAUGAAUGGGGAUGUGGCCAAACAGUAUUGCGGGGUGUGCCCCCCCACUCCUGAUACUCCGGGCCCCAUGGCAGUAGAGUCUCCUGUGGAGGCCACCGCUGCCUCCUCUCCCAACACACUACCUGUAGAGGGUGGUACCACGGCAGGUCAGCCCCCUGGAAAGACUGCUAUUAGUCCCAUCACAACAGAGGAAAUGGCAGCAGCACAAAGUAAUGAGCAAGAGGGGUCUGCAACGGCAUGCAUUCCUCUCGGUAGUAUGCAGCAGAAUGGGGAAGUGUCCCCGGAGAGCAGUCGGUCAAGUGCCUCCCCCCUCCCUGCUUCGCUGCCAACCCCUCCGCUUAGUAAUAGCAGUGUGCCUGAAGAGUCGGAGAAGAAAGAACAGUCAUUUGAAAAUAAGAGCAAAGAGCAUCUCUCCUCCAGUGAAACGCAGGGGACACAGACCACUCCUGCGCAAACUCCCACACCAAGUACGCCAGCAGUCACUCCACCUGCUCAGCCCCAGCAGUCAAUUCAGCAGACACAACCACUCAGUCGGGACCAGAUAAAGCAACACGUAGCUCAACAGGUUGAAUACUUUUUUUCAAGAGAGAACUUGAGCAAUGAUCCCUACUUAAUAUCACAAAUGGAUAGUGAUCAGUAUGUUCCAGUGUUUAUUUUGGCCAACUGCUCACAGUUCAAAAAUAUAACAAAGGACCAUAGUAUCAUCGUUGAGGCACUUAAAGAAUCCCCUUUUGUGCAGUUGGAUGAAGAGAAUAACAGAGUGCGGCCUAACUACAAGCGUUGUAUUGUGAUUCUUAGAGAAAUACCAGAAUCUACACCAGUUGAUGAAAUUGAGUCUAUGUUUAAGAGUGACGAGUGUCCAAAGGUGGUGUCGUGUGAAUUUGUCCACAAUUCGUCAUGGUAUGUCACAUUUGAAUCUGACGAGGACGCACAAAAAGCUUACUGGUUCCUUCGUGGAGUUGUUAAAACUUUCAAGGGUAAUCCUAUUCUUGCAAGAAUAAAGACCAAACCAAUGUCAAGACUAGGAUGCUUAUCAGUAUUACCGUCGUACGGAAAUAAGGGAGGAGAGGGUAAAGAAGGUCAGGCUCCACCCUCGACUCCUGGAUCAGCAGGUCUCCCAGGGGGACCUGGAACCCAAGCUCCUUCUAAUAAUUACAACAACCCAGGGUACCAGAGGUUUAUGUAUUCUACACCAACUUCUGUCAAUAAUAGCUCCUACUCGUACUCGUACACUACGCCCACCACGCCAAUGCCUACUGCUUUUUUCUAUCCGAACAUGAUGCAGUGGACGCCACCAGGGUUUGAUAUCAACAGCUUCUUGCAGUAUAAUGGUCUCUCUCCUCAAGCUGCCUACAAGCCGCCUGCCAGCCACAACUUAAGGUAUCCUGGCAGACGGAAUUCAAAACACCGAGAUGGUCGUUUUGAUAAAAGUGACACACGGCACCCAAGUGGGGUUGGUCAGGGUAAUAGUGGUGGAAGUAGUAACCAUGGUAUUCAUCCUGGUCACUACCACGCCAACCCAAGACCCCAUCCUAGUAACCAUAGACCCCAUGCUGCACAAUCUCCUCAAUCCUCACAAAGAGUCACCCAAGCUCCACCCACAAACCCUGGUGCCCCUACUCCUCCACCCCCUCCUCCACCCCCUCCACCCCCACAACCAUCAACGUCGAUAUCAGCUGUUGCUGGUGGAAGCAAUCAUGACAGCUUUGCUCACAGUGACUUCUCAAUAGCUAGUCAAAGCAACCUAUAUACGUCGUUCAGUCCGCCAAUGCCAACACCACCUGUGAUCCAUACAGAAAAGAAAGAAGUGGUGACUGUCUGUAAGACGACCAAUACCAAUAGUACUCUUCCAGUGUCCUCUCAGUCCUUAGGGCAGGCAUCCACUAGUAUUUCUGGUCCUCAAUCCUCCAAUACAUCUAUGCUCAAUUCAUCAACCACAGAAACUGAUUCUAUAGCUGUUGCUUCAUCCAUAUCUCCAGCUGUUUCUUCUGCAGUAACCACAAGUUGCAGCAACUCACAACCAUUAAACCAGCAAAUGCAUCCCCAUAUUCAGCAUCAUCAACCUCCGGUUCAUAGACAUAAUCAUCAGUAUCAGCAUGUUCCACCGCAGCACUUAGGACCUCCACCUCACCGCAACAAUUAUGGCAACGACCAUUACCACCACCACCCUCCACAUCAUUUACAAAGGGACCCUCAGCAAUCAAGACAAUUUUUUGAGAACUGGUACUAUCACAGGCCUCGAGGAGUGCGACGGCGCCCUCGUGGACGUGAAGAAGAGGCUGCCAUGGCUGGAGGUGGACGGGGUGGAAUGCCACAGCGUGGUGGUCUAUCACAGUCACCAAAUGCAGAGAGCAUCAAACCUGGAGCCAGUCAACAAGAGAUGACACCUCUGCCUCCUCCGCCACCACAGUUUGAUCUAGAGGCUGCAGCUUUUCCACCACUACCAGGUUCAGAUGAGCAAGUACCAGUCGCAGAAGAAAAGCGGCCUCCUGAGCCCAUGACAUCUGCUUGGGGAAGUGACACACAGCGAUUCUCUGAUGUGAUGAAGGGCACGGCAAAGCCUAGACCAACGUCUCAAUCAUCUAGUGAUAAAGAGCUGCCACUAGAACCCACAACCCCUACAACCAGUAACUCCCCAUCUCCUUCAGCAACAAUAACUGCAUCACCGACUGUAACACCGAUUCAAGCACUUGCUGCAGCAGCUGCAGCAGCAGUCGCAGCAGCUACUCCUCAAGCUAGUCAAGCUCCCUGCUCAUUAACUACUUUACCACCAAAUUCUUUAAAUACUACAAGCAUAGCUCUAAGUACUUCGUCCUCAAACACCUCAACUUGUACAACAGCACCUACUUUGCUACCCACAACUACCUUAAGUAAUACAAAUGUUAGUAACAGCAACAGUAGUAGUAAUAAAGUUGAAACGAGACAAAUUCCACGCGAUCAGCGGGGUGCCCGUGAUGAGCGACGACCAGGUGCUAACGGAGGGCCACGUGGAGAGAGACGGGAUUAUGGAAGGGAUCAUCCCAGAGAAUAUCAGAGAGAUCACCAGCGGGAAGCAGUUCGAUGCACUGGGGGUAGAGAUCGUGAUCAUCGAAUUGUUCGGGAAAGUAACUCUAGGGCUGGAAAGGAAAAUAGGCCUGUGCCCUCGCGACCAUGGAAGGAAGAAAAAGUAGAUGCCGAUGGUUGGAUUACAAAGGGUCCUAAAGAGUCUCGUCAUCGAGAAAUGAACAGAGAUCAGUGGGAGAGAUCAGAGGUUCGUGAUACUAGGACACAGCAUCUGGUUAAUGGUGAUUCCUCGCCCCCUUCUUCACCAAAACCACAAAAGACUGACAUAAAGACAAGCAGUGAAGAGUGCAGUGUAGAAGAAACUAAAGUGACAACAAUUCAGCCUUUAAAUAACAACGAUGGGGAGCACAAAACCAGCUGGGCAAAGAUGGCCUUGGCAUCAAAGGAUGAAAUGGAGAGACUGGCAGCUGAGUUAAAGGAGAAGGAAGAGCAGGAGAAGAUAAAGAAGCAGAGGCUUAGCACAAGACCACAGCCUAAAGCACAAGAGAAAGUUUUAAUAGCCCGUGAACGAGAUGGCAAAACCAUGAGAAGGGAUGGACCACCACGGGAAAAUAGAUUGUCCGGUGAAAGGGGUACUACAUUAUUUAGGCCCCGGGAUUCUGCCAGACCUAAGUCGCCAAAAUGAACUUGAUGAAAGUGAAAGCGACUACCCGAGACAGAGGCCGCCCGCCAGGCUUGGGGACUACAGCCAGGGAUUACGAGACAUUGUAAACACCCUGGCUGGUUCUGCCUUGUCCUAUACACAUACCAACACAUACAAAGAGGGUGUAACUGCAUUGUUGGUGGUGUCCUUUGGCAGCUACUAUGCGGUGCACUUCUACAAGGUCCCCAGUCUGGUGAUACCACACCCCACUAGUUGCCCAGUUCUGCUGCUGCAGUGCUUGUGGCUGCAUCCUCCUUCUCCAGUGCCUACGCUGUCUGCCAUUUUGUGUACAUAUUGACGACAUGACCGUGCUGUUUACCGUAUGCAAUUUGCCCAACUGGAGAGUGUGACCGGUGCCAAACGUGGGGCAAUCCUGCUUACCUGUACAGUUGAGAGUUUAUUUUUGACUAUGAUAGCCUUGUACAUUAUUGAAAAUUUGAAAGUCGCACCCUUGAAACUGUGGCUAAUUCACUUAUUGUGUAUAUGCGAGUGCUUGUCUUAAACUGUGGCUGAAUCAAAAAAAAAAAUAUUGAUGCGAACAUUGCUCUCAUAGAACAUAUUAGUUUGUCUUGGACGCUGGCUUUCUCACUGGUGCUAAAGUGAGGAUCCUACACUUGGCCAAAAGUUUUGGCUGUGGACCACUCCUUGGCUUAUGUAUUGUCGUAAACAACAAACAUGGUUGCAUUCUUGGCACCUACCAAUUUUGGCUGUGACCCAAGGAACAAGUUUCUUCACAUUGUGAGAAUUUUACUUGAUCCCUGUAAAGGAAAAUAAAGGGGGGGGGGUGUUAUGCAUCAGAAACAAUGAGAGUAUUGACUAUUCCAGGGGAAUAAUAGUCUUUCCCCUGCCAUCUGUCCUCACAGUGAUCCAGGUUGUGAGUGUGCCAGUGACAACCUCCAUUUUAGACCAAUCCCAUGGGGGGGAGGGGGGUAAUUUAACAGGUCAGGGAACAUUUACCGCUGGGUCCUCAGAUGGACCUUGGUGAUAUGCAAGUGAUAAGUUGAACUUAUGGAGUGUUAUCACUCAUUUCAGUGGUUAAGUGUUAAUGUAUUGGAAUAACUGCUACAUUGGCAGAAGUGUGACAAUAAAUGUGUUGCUAGUUGGUCGUUUAGGGAGUGUUUUUCUUUGGAUGGCCUGUGUCCUGCAGCUGGAUUCAUUGUCAGAUCAUAAUUACCGAAUAUUACCACGAGGACAAGAAUUGUACAGAAGUGAAUUAUGUCCAUACCUGUAGUGACCCAAAGCAAGGGUUUGGUUUUAUGAAAUACAUAUACUGUUAAUUUGGUAUACGGGAGUGAGUGAGAGACUUGCCUGGUGGUGCGUCUUGGUGAACUAUCCUGAGCUUGAUUCUGUGUUGUACAAUACACAAUGUCGAGUACAUUUUUAUUUAAGUGCUCACUACAGAAGCAUUUACACUACCAGAGAUUUGGUUGUAUAUGAAUGUUGGAUAGUAAAGAUUUUAUUACAAAGUCAUGGCUUCCAUAUUUUCCAUUUGCCUGUUGUAAUUGCAGAUAGUUGUGCUCUUGUCUCUCAUAGCUUAUUGGCCAGUGGGCAUAAAGCUUAGCCCAAGUCACAGUACAGCUUGGCAGGUAAAUUGCUUGCAAAAUUUGAUAUAUAAUACCCAUAUAGGAUUUAGAACGAGACAGAGCCAGCCUGAAAAAAACAUUUCACUUAAUGUUGAUAGAGAUGGUCAGUCGACCUUUGACCAGUAAAUAGCUUUCAUCCCUGUGUGUGAGCACAUUGGCUUUACUGAUGCAUAUUUGGUGUGUGAGAUGAACUGAUGGCCACGAUUUGAUACUGCUGAAGAGACUGUGAUUGGCUUGAAUUUAAAUAAUUUUGUAAGGUAUUAUGCAAUUUAUAUUUGUAGAAAAUUUUGUUGUCUUGACAAUUGACAUAAUACCAAGGCAUUUAUAGAUCUGUAAGUCAUGGAGAAUAAUUAUUGUUAAAUGACUUAAUUGGAAGUUUUUUGAUAAUUUAAACUGGAGAUAGUUUUGUCACCUGUUGCACAUUAAAAAAAUGAAAAUUGAUUUUUCAGUAUUGUUUUAUUGUAUGGUAUUUCAAUGACUUAGAUUCUACUGUAGCUAUUUUUUCCCCCAUUGUGUGACUUGGUAUCCUCGUGUGGUGUGGCCAGUAUGCUUGAAUUGCCUCGGAAAGAUGCAAGCACUUGAAACUUCCCUCGUAAAAAUUUGUCAGGACAGAGAUCUAAAUUAAAAGUUCUCAACGCAUGUUUUUGUGACUCGUUUAUGCCAUUUUUUCCCCACUUCAUUUAUAUUUUAAGCAUUAAGACCAAUAAGGCUUUAUUUUUAUUAUCCAAUAAAAUGACCUUUAACCAUUUUUUCUCUUCACUUUAGCAAAAGUAAAAGUUAUUUGAGUGUUGGUGUUGAAGGGUGCAUACUGUAUAGUAAGGUUGUAACUGUGUGUGAUUGCCAGUGGAGUGAGGUCCAUGUGUCCGUUCUCAUGAUUUUAGCAGGGAAAAUAAGCCUUAGUAAUUUAUUGCCUGAGUUUUUCAUGUAUUGGUAAUGUGCAGUCAAUGCUGGUUAGCAAGGUGUGCACACUUUUAACAUAUGUGAAGCCUACAAUGUAUGUAAUUUCUUCCUAUUCUUUUCUUUCUCCCAUUUUCCCUGUUUAGUGUCUCCAAAGGUAAUUCAGCUGUGGUUGGGUAUUUAUUUUUUGUGCAAUUUUAUUCAGAAUAGGUUAAUUAUAAUUUUGAAAUCCUUGUAAUACUAAGUCCCUUUGGGAGGCAUAGAAGGUUGAAGCAUCUGCAGACUUUCCAUAGUGCAGGAGCCUUUUAAUAUUGAAAUGUAUUUUUUCACUAGAAAAUUAAUUCUAUUAAUGUAGCAUCCUGUAUUUGUGAGAAAUUACAUUCAAGAUGUUGAAUAAAUAAGUGGCAGUGUAAAAAAAUUAGUAAAUUGGACAAAAUAAAUAAUUUGUUGCCACCAGGAUUAGAUGUCUCGUAGGCUUGUGGAUGGUUCACGACCGGAAGUGUAGUGGAAACUAGUUUGCCUUAUGCUGAUGAGCAGUAGAAAACCAAUGUUACCAUACAUUACAUCUAAAGUGUGCAAGGUAAUUGAAUAGAGUCCUGGCUGUCCUUCUUUUGAAAUAAUGCAUUGUGAAAACCAUUGUGAGCAUCAUGGGAACUCAGGAACUCAAACUAUCAGAUGGCAGUGAUUGAGCACUUAGAUGAUUGUUGGAGUGGUAUCUCACUGAUUCUAGGUGCUGAUCCAUGUUGCAAGGAUGAUAUUUAUGCUUAUAUUUUGAAUGUGUAUUAUGAGAUUAUUUCCAGGGCAAGGUUUGGAUGUCAGUGGUACAGUAUCCAUGAACUUGUAACUUGGUCGUAUAAUGUUCCACUAUGAUUCCACUGUAUUUUGGUGAGGUAGCCAUGUGGAAGCUUCUUGUUUAUGCUCCAUCAGCUGAAAUGGACAUAACUGUUGUCAUCAUAUUCAUGAUGUAAUAUUGCUCUCAAAUGAUGUUAAUAAUCCUGAUAUUCUGUGCGCCUUGUUCAUUUUUUGUUCAAAGUGGUUAUACAUAAUAUUGAUGCCAAUAUGCAAGAUGUAUGAAGUGUGUGUGUAUGUGUGAACGUGAUCUCAACAUAUAUUUAAACUUGAUACUACAGAUGUAUAAAACUACACCCACACACACACAAUCUCCUCGAGUGAUUCUCUGGACAGACUGUGAAGGAGUUAGCCAGGGUAUAUAAAGUAGUAGUCUGUAAGAACACUUCCAAUGCUGUCGCUACAUCCUCCUCACUACCUUUCUCUCACUCGCUCAACACAAAACAACUUCUUUGUUUCUGUUAAAAAUUUAAUUUGACAAAUAAAUUUUCGCAUGUGGUUUUCA